AUGUCCCAUCUGCCUGAAGCCCAGCUGCUUUUGCACGACAUGGACGACCCCUUCACUCACGAAAACCGCUCGGUGGAUCUCUUGCUUCAGCAAAUGGACCCCCAGGCACUAGCAGACGAUUUUGAUACUUCCUUCUCUGCUUCGACGUCGCCCACCAAACCACUUAAUUUCCCUCAAAUGGCGCCUCCUUCCAAACCACACACCCAGGAUCCAGAGGCUCUCGAUUUGGCUCGAAGAGAGUUCAACUCCAGCUCAGAUACAUAUGUUAGUGAAAACAGCGAACGCCAAAACGACGAAAACGACGACAAUGGAAACGACGCCAACGAAAACGAAAACGCCGACUCCUUCGACCGGAACUUCGCCACCGACGCCAACUUCACCAAAACAAUCAGCUCCUACUUCAUCCGCCUCCCUGCCCGCCUGAUCAUGAAGAACCCCACCACCCCGGGCUCCUCUCCUCGCAAAUCGGUCGCUUUCCCAGAUGCGGACUUGGAGGUUCACCACCACUACCCUGCUGGAAACGACCUGACCUCCAGGAUCGAGGACGAAUUGCCUCCCCAGAUGGCGCACACAUGGUCCGAGGUUCCCAAGGGAUCGCCUGAAAAGCUGGUCACGGCUCUGCCUCCAGUUCCACCUCCCCACAAGUCCGACACCAUCACCUCUCUUUUGGGCCGUGCAAACGAGGAGGAUAACGCUCCAGACGAUGUGGACGCGGCCGCCUUGUCCCAGUACCGUGUCAACCACAAGAACUUCAGCAAGAUGUCUCUCCACGAGAAGUUGGACCUUUACUUGGGCCUGAAACAACACGACGAUCUCGACAACCACUUGGACCACUUGGACAAGCUACAGUACGCCACAGCUAAUGAGACUGAGCUGAACAUCCACAGCCUCUCCCAUCACAUGGAAUUGAACCAUCCGGAGGUUGAGAAUCCAUUGAAUAUGCUUGCUGACUCGAAGGAUGUGCAAUUGCGUUCCGCUGGUUCGUCGCAAUCGCUGCUUCCCUCGCUUGCCGCCUCAAACCGCUACUUGGAGGCCGAAAAUGUAGCUCAUCAAAGCCCGGGCCUUCUGCUUAAUGACGGGAUCAAAGGCUUCCCUGAUCAUAUGGCUGAUGUUUUGUUUCCUUCGACUGUGAAGCAUCAAGAUUCCGACGAAUCGGGUGUGCUUACGUUCGGCGCAAAACCACACGAGGGAUAUGAAGACGAGCAUUCGGAAAUCUCUGAGGAAUUCCAGGACUCUUUCGAUCACUCGUAUAACUCCACCAAACAAUCGAUCAUGGAUCUUCUCAAUUCUGCAUCAAACCACGAACUCAAUGAGGCUGUGAAGGCUUCUCAGUCGGAAGCUUCCCGGGAAGUUCAGCCCGAAAAUCACAACAUUCAGGCUUCUUCACUGGAGCUUCCAGCUUUAGGACCCCUGCCACAAUUGGAGGAGUCCUCUGAUGCUGUAAAGCAGGAAGAGAACCUGAUGGUGAGAGCCGAGUCUGAGCCCUCCAUCAAGGAAGAGGAAGAGUCUUUUGUCAAGCAGGAGCAGCACUCCUUUGUUCAACAAGGUCACUUCGAGGAGGAAGACGAAGAAGAGCAAGAGGAGGAGGACGAUGCAUAUCUGAUGACUGGCAGCCCCGUUGUCAAGCAUGAGGAACAAUCCUUUGUUGAGGAAACGCCACAGGUCAAGGAAGAGCCACAAACCUCCUACAUUGCGCCAGUGUCUCCUGCCGAAACAAGAACAAUCUCGCCUGAAAGCCUUUAUGAGGAAGCAAAUCCAGUCAAGACCGAACACUAUGAUGAAGCAGAGCCUGAGUCAGAAUUCAGCGAAGCUGAAAGCGAGACCGCUGCUACCGGUAAUGUGCAAAGUCAGGAAGUCUCGAACCAUGAAGCAGUUGAGCCCUCUGCUGAAAUAUCUAGGGAAACUCCUGCGGGAAGUACCUCUGAGGCCCAUCCAUUGGGUAAACCAGAAGCUGUUACGCAUUCUGGUACUUCUGCUGAUGCCCCAUCGACCGGCCAGAUUGCUGAACAUCUGGAUGAACACUCCGAACAACGCAUGCCAACUUUCGAUGGAACAUCAUCUCUGCUCGAGACGAAAGAUCUUAGCAAGCUUGCGCUAGACCAUAAUGAUCAUACCGCUGACCAUGUCGGCAUUGCAUCCAGAGGCGUUAAAGCUGCUCCUAACCAGGUUAAGCUUGUGAAGUCACCAAUGAACCUGUUGAUGCCUACUCCAACUGUAUCUCCACUUGAUAUCAAAUUCAACCAGGAGGACACUCAUAUCAAGGAUUCGGGCAUUGAGGGCGAUGACGAGGAUACCGAAGAAAUGAAGGAGAAGUUGGCAACCACGCAUCACACUAACAGGUAUUCAAAGAUUAUGCAAAACCAAUCCGUGGCUCUGUCGGUUGACAACUUUGAGGAUUCGUCCGACAUGCCUUUAGGUAGGUCACUCGCUCCCGUCAAAGUUAAUGAAGUUGUUGAUGCGACCAAGGGUAGCGAUGGUGACUCAAGUGUGCUUGCUAACUCGUCUAAUGUUAAUCCUCCAAACGAUAUCAAGUUACCCGAAGUUGACACCAAUGAUGCCUCUUUUGCUGACUUGACAGAGAGAUAUAGAGUUUCGUCUGGUGGUUCCGCAAAAUCAAUGUCUUUCGAGGAAUCCCUUUCUGCUGAGCAUGACAAAGAGAGGGCGGCUCUUGACUUUAUCUCUAUCUGGCACACUCAGCGAAAGCAGCGCCAGAACAAGAAACCUCAGCCUUCCUCGCUGUUCUACAAUGUGCCUUCUGUUCUGAACUACAACACGGCAGACUUGUCCCAGUAUGACAAAUACCGCAUCCCAUCCAGAUUACAACCCAAGAAAUUUAGGGAGGUCAAUCUUGUAUCCAAAAGAGUUGUCAGUCCUGACCAUGUUGACCUCAAUGUAUCUGGGUUCUUGCCUGAGCUUUCUCAGCUUUCUGGUUUGGAAGGACAAUUUGAAGGUUUGAUGAAGGGUGAUGAUACUACGAUGAAUUCCACGAGAAUCUUGAGCAAUGGUUCAAGAAUGUCUACGCAAGAUGGUGCUCACAAUUCUAGCAUCAGUCGCUCGGCAUCUGCUUACGGCACGUUGAGACCUGUGAGAGUCUACAGCCGUGAGAUUGUUACUACUCCUCAGCCUCCUGUCGGGCCAAAGAAGUCAAGAUUCCAUGUUCCAUCCUUCGAGAUCAAGCGCUCCAACUCUGUACUUUCUCCAAAGAAUCAGUACAAUGACAUUUUUGAAGACACUCAGCCAACUAUCAAAGCCAGCGGCAUGAAGACCUUACCAAGUAUGGACAGAGAUGACGUUAAAAGGAUUAUGCAAAUGAAGCACUCUAUGAAUCAAGAAGAGUACAGCAAGCUUAAGUUCGGCGGCGCAAACCAAAGAAUCGUUCAGGACCAAGCAGCCAACUAUGAUCACGUUCAACAGAAGGCUUCGCUUCAUUCCUCGAUGUUAUCUUCGAUCAUUGAUAACCGCGUGAAGCUUCAGCAUGUUUCUAACGAGCUUUCUGCCAAGCCAGUCGCUCUAGAUGUGGACCACGAAACAUUCGCCAAAGCCGCUGCUGUUCCGGAGCUUAGUGCAAAGGUGGAAGAUGUCAGUGAGCAAUCAUUCCUUCCAGAUCCGGAACCAGAAUAUGUGGGCUUCCCAGAAUCAGGUGAAACCAAUAAUGAGAAGGAAGCACAACCAAAUCUUGUCCCAUUGGGUGAGACAGAUCAAAGCAAACUCAAUGUUAUUCCAGGUGCAUUUAACAUACUGAGCCCAAGUACGCCAAAGAGAGAUGAGAAGAACAAGUCACCUGUGAAGGUCAUUAUCUCUCCUCACAAGGACAACGGAGAGCAGCCAAGGUCUCCAAUUAAGGUCAACAGCUCCCCAAUCAAGGUGGUCAGAAGCGGAAACUCAGUCACUGGAAUCAAACUUGAGCAGAAGCACAGAAACCAGGAUUCGUACGAUGGCACCCAGAUCAUCAACAACAAGCUUAGAGAUGGAAAGGGCCACAAAUUUGCACUCAGCACGGUCUCUGUCCCUUCUACAAAGGGCGAUCUUGAGUCUGAGCAAAAGUCUCUUGGUCCUGAGGUUCUUGAGGACAACACCGUCAAAGCGGGAUCUGCUGAUCAAACAAGAGUUGCUUCUGCUGUGUCAGAACCACCUAAGGAACGUGGUAAACUCUUCUUGCGUGUCAUGGGUAUGAAGAACAUCUCCCUUCCUGAUCUUCAGGAGAAGAAUGCCCUGUUCAAUAUCACAUUGGACAAUGGUGUUCACUGCAUCAAGACUCCAAACUAUAAGAUGUCUAAGUCUGCUGUCUACGUCGGUAAGGAGUUUGAAUUGACCGUCGGCGAAUCGUUGGAGUUCAUCUUGACAAUGAAAGCAACUUACAACAAGCCAAGAGAGACGAUGAAGGAGAUCAAGGAAAGAAGAGUCGUGAGGUCAAACAAUAAAAUUGGUCGUAUGUUCGGCUCGAAGGAGAUCGUCACUACUACCAAGUUUGUGCCUCAGGAGGUCAAGGAUCCUUGGUCCAAUGUCAUUGCCAACGAUGGCUCUUUCGCCAGGUGCUACGUUGAUUUGGAUCAGUACGUCGAUCAAAUCACAGGUACAGCUACCAAUUUCAACCUCAACUGUUUCAACGAGUGGGCAACCAAGAGUGGUAAUGGUGCUAGAUAUGAGCCUUACGGAAUUGCACAGCUUGAGGUGAAGAUGCUUUUUGUUCCUAGAACUGAGCCUUACGAGAUCUUGCCCACCAGUAUCAAGACCGCCUACGAAAGCGUUGACGACUUGAGAGCUGAGAAGUCCAUGCGCCUUGAAGGUUACUUGCACCAGGAGGGUGGUGACUGUGAGUCGUGGAAGAAGAGAUUCUUCAAGCUCUCGGGAACCAACAUGAUUGCACACUCUGAGUUCUCACACAAGACACGGGCCAAGAUCAACUUGGCCAAGGUUGUGGAGGUCAUCUAUGUCGACAAGGAAAACAUGAACCGCUCAUCGUCAAACUACAGAAACUUCAGUGACAUUUUGCUUGUGGAAAACGCAUUCAAGAUCCGCUUUGCAAACGGGGAGAUCAUUGACUUUGGCGCUCCCAACAAGGACGAAAAAGUCAAGUGGAUCACGGCCAUCCAGGAGAUUGUCUACAGGAACAAGUUCAGAAGACAACCUUGGGUGAAAAUUAUGCAAAAACACAAUGUGGGCAAACCUCGUCCCCGGUCCAUCAUGUCUUUUGCAAGCUAG